AUGCGGGCUUUCCUGAUAAAAGAGGAUUUAUUUGCUGUGAUUGAAGGGACCCCACCGGUACCACCAACAGCGGCCUGGCAGCGCAGAGAUGAGAAGACAGCGGGAUCCAAGCUGUGUCUGGCAAGGAAGCUGUACCAGAUGCGUUUCACGGAUGAGUGCACCAUGAGUGAGCAUCUUACUGAAUUCAGGCGCCUAUUUGCUGAAUUAGAGGACCGAGGCGUGGAACACACAGAUAAUAAACCAAGAAGUGGAGGAAAACUAAAAAGGGCAGCUAGCAGCGCAUGUCGGAAUCUUCCUAAAAUCAGCCAUCAUUCAACAACACAGAGGCCGGUUUCAAAAGCUACACCUCAUAGGAUAGCUGAGCCAAAACCUUCCAGCAAGGACAGCCCUAAACAGGAGAUUGACAGUGCUUUUAGUCGAGUGCCAUCCGAGUUUGGCUUAAAUGUAUCUGCAAUCCACAAAAGAGGGAGUUCAGAAGGCCCUCAUCCUAGAAGGGGUCAAAUUAUUGAUUUUCGUGGGAUGAUCCAGGAUGCUAUCAAAGGAGCAUCAAAUGAAAUUGCCUUGCACAGCCUUAACUGCAAUCCAGAUCCUUCAGAACGAUUAUUAAAACCUCUGGGUGCCUUUAUUGGGAUGACUGGUGAAAUGAGAGAGCUUGCGGCUGUGGUGAGCAGGGAUAUCUAUCUUCAUAACCCGAAUGUAAAGUGGGAUGAUAUUAUUGGACUCGAUGCAGCCAAGCGGUUAGUCAAGGAAGCAGUUGUGUAUCCCAUCAGGUAUCCACAGCUGUUUACUGGCAUCCUCUCUCCGUGGAAAGGGCUAUUAUUGUAUGGGCCUCCAGGUACUGGGAAAACUUUGCUAGCUAAAGCUGUUGCCACUGAAUGCAAUACGACGUUCUUCAACAUCUCUGCAUCCACUAUCGUCAGCAAAUGGAGGGGUGAUUCAGAAAAGCUUGUUAAAGUGUUGUUUGAACUUGCUCGCUACCAUGCCCCCUCCACAAUCUUCCUGGAUGAGUUGGAGUCGGUGAUGAGUCAACGAGGCACUGCUCCAGGUGGUGAACAUGAAGGAAGCCUACGGAUGAAAACAGAAUUAUUGGUGCAGAUGGAUGGCCUGGCCCGAUCGGAUGAUCUUGUCUUUGUUUUAGCGGCUUCCAACCUGCCCUGGGAAUUGGAUUAUGCCAUGUUGCGCCGGCUAGAGAAAAGGAUCCUGGUUGACCUCCCAAAUAAAGAGGCAAGGCAGGCAAUGGUCCAGCACUGGCUUCCUCCCGUGAGCAACAGCGGGGGAAUUGAGCUGAGGACGGAGCUCAACUAUGCUUUACUCAGUCAGGAAAUGGAAGGGUACUCUGGCUCUGACAUUAAGUUGGUCUGCAAAGAAGCCGCUAUGCGCCCCGUGAGAAAAAUAUUCAGCGCCCUUGAAAACCAUCAGCCAGACAGCGGGAGCUUACCUGUAAUCCAACUGGACACUGUCACAACAGAAGAUUUCCUGGAUGUGAUCACUCACACGAAGCCCUCUGCUAAGAAUUUAAGCAAAAAAUACACCGACUGGCAAAAAGAAUUUGAGUCUGUCUGAAACUCAAAGCUAAGCUUUCAGACAUCUAGAACCCACCAAAUUUCUAUGAGCAAGAGAAUGAAUAUUUAUGUUAAAA